GCAUCUCAUGUGCUGGAUGUGGGAGCAAGGACUUUCACUAAACCUCCCUCUCUCUCUGUAUUGCUCUCUCUCCGUUUUUUUUUUUUUUACUCAAUCUGGAAAGCGGAGGGGCUGCUUCCAACACAGGCGGGCUGUGGCUAUUGCAGUGAAUACUGCAUUCAGAAACUGAGGCAGCCUGGACAGCAAUGUGUGAAGUUCCUCGCUCAUAACCACACAGCAGGAUCUCUACAAUUAUCUGUAGUUAACGCGUGUGUCCGUGUCUCUUUUUCUUUUUUUUUUCCAGAAGUGACCAAUAUUAUUAGUUCAGACAUGCAAUACAAAAUAACAUGCCUCAGUAGGAUGCAAUAGAUAGGGUAUAUCUUGGACCAGCCUGGUGUGAAUAGUGAAGUUAUAAAAAUGCAAUUGUCGGUGCCUGGGGAACACAGUGGAAUUUAGAAGAACAGAUACCGUUGCAGACUAGCAAUAUGCCUGACUGCACUUGAGUCAAAUCACUGGGAAGCUGCUUCAUAUUCCAUGUAACGGGCUAUGGCUGAUUGGAGAAUAGCAAAAUAGAAAUGGAAAUGAGAAGGAAAACAUUUAAUAGAGCCAGUGGUAUGUAAUUUUGAUUCUUUUAGGAGGAAUUUGAUAAAGACAUGCCAAGGAAUCAUGUGGAACAGUAACAUUUUACAGCCAAAGUCAUCCCUCCUCAGGACUCAUUUUAGAACACUAGUAGAUGUGUUCUUUUCUGCACAAAUUGUGGACAUACAAAUCUACUUCGGAUUCAAUAUUUGAUGUUUUUUUUGAGGAUAGGUUGAUGUAAAAGUCCCCCAUGGUUUCUACCCUAUUGAAGAGCCUGGUCUUCUAUAAUAUAUAUAAGCUUUGCAAAGGAAUGUUUACAAAGAAAUUGGGAAAUCCUACAAAAAAGAAAGAGAGUUCAAGCAAAAAGGAACAGGAUAUUUCCCAAUUAGGCCUAUCAAAGAACCCAAACAUUUCAUCUACCAUUAAAAGCACAGUAAAAAAGAUUGCCAAGUGUUCAUCUUCCUGUAACUUAUCAACUGAAGAAGAGACAAUAAAGAAAGAUUUUUCUCUCUCUCCAACUUUCAGUUACAGGGUAGCUAUUGCCAAUGGUCUCCAAAAUAAUAUUGUGGUAGGUGAUAGUAAUGAGGAGGGUCUUCAGGAAAUUUCAUCUCUUGAUAGUUCAUAUUCAGAAUCCCUAAGUGAAACAAGGGCUAGUAGUAGCAUUAAGGAAUACUCAUCACACACAAUGCCAGUGAGGCGCAAUAGGAAGAGCUUGAAUAGUCUAGCUCCAUCUGAUGGGAGCUCAGAUGGGGAACGGACAUUGCACAGUCUUAAAAUGGGUGCUUUACGUAAGUUACGGAAAUGGAAGAAAAGUCAAGAGUGCGUUUCUUCAGAUUCAGAGGUGAGCACAUGGAAAAAGUCAUGGGGCUUGCGAAGCAAAUCCUUAGACAGAACUGUCCGGCAGCAGAAACCCAAUACACUUGAACCAAGCUUUAGCUCCACUGGUUGCAUUAGUCAGACACAUGAUGUUAUGGAAAUGAUUUUUAAAGAACUUCAAGGAAUAAGUCAAAUAGAAACUGAGCUGUCAGAACUAAGGGGACAUGUAAAUUCUCUUAAACAAUCAAUUGAUGAAAUUUCAAGCAGUGUGGAGGUUGUGCAAAGUGAAAUUGAACAGUUACGAACUGGAUUUGUACAAUCAAGAAGAGAAACAAGAGAUAUUCAUGAUUACAUUAAACAAAUAAGUCACCAAGGCAGCAUGGCCGGCCUUCGAUUUUUAAAUGUGCCUGAAGAAAAGCAAGAAAAUUGUGAAAGUGUGGUUUUUAAAAUUUUAGUAGAGAAAAUGGGAUUUGUGGAUGCACAAAGCAGCAUGAAAAUUGAGCUUGCCCAUAGAAUUGGACAACAAAGAGAAUGCCCCAAUGCAAAACCUAGACCAAUUCUUGUAUAUUUCGGAAAUCCACAACACAGAGAUUUAGUGUUAAAAAAAUGUUAUAAACUAAAAGGGACUGGAAUUGGGGUUUCAACAGAUAUUCUUACUCAAGAUUUGAAAAUUAGAAAAGAGAGACCUUUACCAUCUUCUCAGACAUAUGAGAGCAUGGAUAUGAAAUUCCCAGCACUGGAGCCAAAGAUUAAUCGUAAUGAAUGGGAAUCCCAUGAAGAUAGCGAUAAGGAAUUAGAACCUGAUAUUAACAGGAAUAGUUACGCAAUGAGUUCUAAACCAGAGGCUCAUAUUAAAAUCAACAGCACCAAAAGAAGUAGCCAGACAUCUCAUAACAAAAGAUCUCAUAAGAUCUGUGAUGAUGCCACAUACACAGCUAAAGAAGAGGAUUUCCAGUCACCAGUAUCUGAUAACUUGGAAAAACAAGACAGAGGAUAUUUUAAUGAUACGGCACCUCUGUGGCAUUCACAAAAUGACUUUUUGACACCAAAAUUAAGUCGAUCAGAAUCUGAUUUUUCAAAGCUGUGUCAAUCAUACUCUGAAGAUUUUUCUGAGAACCAGUAUUUUGUAAGGACCAAUGGUAGUUCUCUCUUAUCUUCUUCUGAUCGUGAGCUCUGGCAAAGAAGACCGGAAGAUGGCUCAUCAAACUGGUAUGCUAGCUCACAGGAACAGGCAUUCAGUAAUGAGGCAGAUCCCUAUCCAGAAGAAAAUGAACUAGAGAACACUGAAACCGUAGAUAGUGGUGUAAGCAAUGGAGUAAUUUGUGUUUCAGGUGAUCACUAUAGUGAUUCUCAACUUUCUUUACAUGGUGACUUGUCACCUUGGAAAGAGUGGCACCAAUUAGAGCAAGGAACAGAUUCUGGCCUCGAUACUUCCACACAGCAUGUUUUUGCUUACAAUGUCAAUUGCCCUUCAGAUCAACAGGUUGACGGUUAUGCAAAUACUUAUGAAAAGUGCCAAAGCACGGAUCAUCAAUAUAGUCCAGAAACCUAUGAUUAUUCAAUGGAUGGCAAUUCCCCAUCUUGUCCUGGAAAUGACAGUGAAGCACAAAAUGAGUGGCCUAGUGAAUUUGAUGCUUAUAGUGAAACAAAUGCCAAUGAUAUGUAUCAGAACUCAACAAGACUUCCCAUGAUGUACAGAAGCCAGAGUGAAUUGCAAAGUGAUGAUUCUGAGGAUGCUCCACCAAAAUCAUGGCACAGCCGUCUAAGCAUAGACCUUUCUGAUAAAGCUUUUAGUUUUCCUAAAUUUGGAUCAACCCUUCAACGUGCCAAGUCAGCUUUGGAAGUAGUGUGGAAUAAAAGCACUCAAAGUUUAAGUGGUUAUGAUGAAAGUGGCUCUUCAUUUAUGGGCCGAUUUCGGACACUAUCACAGUCCACAGCUAAUGAGUCUAGCACAACUCUUGAUUCUGAUGUGUAUGCAGAGCCCUAUUAUUAUAAAGCUGAUGAUUAUAAUGCAGAAUACAGCCAAUCAGCAGAUGAGAAUGGAGAGAAUUAUGUUGAAGUUAUGGAACAGGUUCUGGCCAAACUAGAAAACAGGACAAAUACAAAUGAAAAUUUAGAACAAGCGCAAGAGUACCAAACAUAUGAAUACAAUUCAUAUGACACAGAAUUUGAGCCUUUACAAAUGGAUAAUUAUGAAACUCAAUUUAACACAUUUGAUGAAGUUGUAGAGCCUGAAUGUGAAAUAGCUUAUGAUGUAACUGAAAAGGAUGAUGAAAAUCAAAAUGUACCAGCAGAAAAAGCCAUUGAAAUUCCAAAGAAAAAAAGAAUCCGGCCUAGCUUCAAGGAGGCUGCAAUGAAAGCAUAUAAAAAGGAAAUGGCUGAUCUGGAAGAGAGGAUUCUUGCUGGAGAUAGCAAAGCUAUGGAUGAAAAGGCAAGAAUCAUUGGAAACUCCUUGGAUGCCUCCAAACUCUAUGAAAUACAGACAUAUGGAGGACCAGCAAGUGGGCUUUAUGGAAUUGACAGCAUGCCUGACCUACGAAGGAAGAAAACAAUUCCUAUUGUCAGAGAUUUGGCCUUGACACUUACUGCAAGGAAAGCUGGAAUAUCAGUAGCGAUGGGUAUCCGUACAUUUGUAAACAAUGAGGAGCUGAAAAUGCAUGUGUUCAAAAAAACACUUCAAGCCCUAAUCUACCCAAUAUCUUCGACCACACCUCACAACUUUGAAGUUUGGACUGCAACGACACCAACCUACUGCUAUGAAUGUGAAGGCCUGCUUUGGGGCAUUGCAAGGCAGGGUAUGAGAUGUACAGAGUGUGGAGUCAAAUGCCAUGAGAAAUGUCAAGACCUGCUGAAUGCCGACUGCUUACAAAGAGCUGCAGAGAAAAGUUCCAAACAUGGCGCAGAGGACAAAACCCAGAACAUAAUCACUGCAAUGAAGGAGAGAAUGAAAAUCAGGGAGAGAAACCGACCAGAGGUUUUUCAGCUUAUUCAAGAAAUGUUUCAGAUCAACAAAGAAGACUUUGUGCAGCACACUAAAGCAUCAAAGCAAAGUGUUUUAGAUGGAACGUCCAAAUGGUCAGCUAAAAUAAAUAUCACAGUGGUUUGUGCUCAGGGUUUACAAGCUAAAGACAAAACUGGUUCAAGUGACCCAUAUGUCACUGUUCAAGUCGGAAAAACCAAAAGAAGGACUAAAACCAUAUUUGGCAACUUAAAUCCAGUAUGGGAUGAAAAAUUCAAUUUCGAGUGCCACAACUCAACAGACAGAAUAAAAGUACGAGUUUGGGACGAGGAUGAUGAUAUUAAAUCCAGAGUAAAGCAACACUUUAAAAAAGAGUCUGAUGACUUUCUUGGACAAACAUUUGUUGAUGUGAGAACGCUUAGUGGUGAAAUGGAUGUAUGGUAUACUUUAGAAAAAAGGACAGAUAAAUCAGCUGUCUCGGGUGCAAUAAGACUGAAAAUAAAUGUUGAGAUCAAGGGAGAAGAGAAUGUGCCCCCUUACCAUGUGCAGUACACAUGUUUACAUGAGAACUUAUUUAAUCACCUGACAGAAGUUCAGAAUAAUGGCAUUGUUAAGAUUCCUGAGGUGAAGGGAGAUGAAGCCUGGAAGGUUUAUUUUGAUGAUGCUUCACAGGAAAUAGUUGAUGAAUUUGCCAUGCGCUAUGGAAUUGAGUCAAUUUAUCAAGCUAUGACGCACUUUUCCUGUCUGUCUUCCAAGUACAUGUGUCCUGGUGUUCCUGCUGUCAUGAGUACCUUACUAGCAAAUAUCAAUGCUUUUUAUGCUCACACAACAGCUACAACAAACGUGUCUGCUUCUGAUCGUUUUGCUGCAACAAAUUUUGGUAGAGAACGCUUUAUAAAGUUGUUGGAUCAGCUGCACAACUCCUUAAGAAUUGAUCUAUCAAAAUACAGGGAUAAUUUUCCUGCUACUAAUACAGAAAGGCUGCAGGACUUGAAAUCAACAGUGGAUCUUCUAACAAGCAUCACGUUUUUCCGUAUGAAGGUUCUCGAACUCCAGAGUCCACCAAGAGCCAGCGCAGUAGUAAAAGAUUGUGUGCGAGCAUGCUUAGACUCUACCUACAAGUACAUUUUUGUCAACUGUCAUGAUCUGUACUCACAGCUAUUAGACCAGGGUAAGAAACAGGAUAUUCCUCGAGAAGAUCAAGGGCCAACCAUAAAAAACCUGGAUUUCUGGCCAAACCUUAUCACUUUGAUGGUUACCAUUAUUGAUGAAGAUAAAAUAUCUUAUACGCCUGUCUUAAACCAGUUCCCUCAGGAGCUAAAUAUGGGUAAACUCAGUGCAGAAGUUGUGUGGAAUCUGUUUGCACAAGAUAUGAAGUAUGCUAUGGAAGAACAUGAAAAGCACCGUCUAUGCAAGAGCACAGAUUACAUGAAUCUGCACUUCAAAGUAAAAUGGUUUUAUAAUGAAUAUGUUAAAGACCUUGCUGCAUUCAAUGAUACCGUCCCUGAAUAUUCUCUGUGGUUUGAGCCAUUUGUUAUACAAUGGCUGGAUGAAAAUGAAGAUGUAUCAAUGGAAUUUCUCCAUGGAGCUCUAGGAAGAGAUAAAAAAGAUGGGUUCCAGGCAACAUCUGAACACGUACUUUUCUCCUGUUCUGUUGUUGAUGUUUUCACACAAUUGAAUCAAAGCUUUGAAAUUAUUAAGAAACUGGAGUGCCCAAAUCCAGAAGCUCUGUCUCAUUUCAUGAGGAGGUUUGCAAAUACUAUCAACAAAGUGCUCCUUCAGUAUGCAGUAAUUGUAUCCAAUGACUUCAGCUCAUACUGUGGCAAAGAAAAUGUGCCAUGUAUCCUAUUGAACAACAUUCAACAGUUAAGAGUACAGCUGGAAAAGAUGUUUGAGAAUAUGGGAGGAAAAGAGAAGAAAGAAGGAGCUAUAGCCUUUUUUAAGCUGGAUCAUGAUGCAAGUGCUAUGCUCAAGGAACUUCAGGUGAAACUGAGUGGAGUGCUGGAUGAACUGAGCUGUAUAUAUGGUGCAAGUUUUCAGGGUGUAAUAGAAGACUGUGUGAGACAAAUGAGUGUGGAAUUAAAUCCGAUGAAAGGAAAUGGAAAUGCCUCUACAAAUAGGAAUAAUGCAGCGAUGGAUGCAGAGAUAGUACUACGGCCACUCAUGGAUUUUCUGGAUAAAACCUUAUCCAUCUCAGCGAAAAUAUGCGAGAAGACUGUUUUAAAACGGGUCUUGAAAGAAUUAUGGAAAUUAGUACUCAACAGAAUAGAAAAACAAAUUGUUCUGCCUCCUCUUACAGACCAAACUGGGGCUCAAAUGAUUUUCAGUGCAGCUAAAGACCUCGGACAGUUAUCUAAAUUAAAGGACCAUGUUAUACGAGAGGAAGCGAGAAGCCUUUCACUUCGGCAAUGUUCAAUCAUGGAAGUAGUAUUAGCAACUAUUAAGCAAUACUUCCAUGCUGGUGGGAAUGGCUUAAAAAAGAAUUUCUUGGAAAAGAGCCCAGACCUACAGUCUUUGAAAUACGCAUUAAGCCUUUACACCCAAACCACUGAUGCUUUGAUUAAAAAAUUUAUAGACACACAAACAUGUCAAGGUCAGUCCACAGAGAGCUCAGUAGGGGAGAUUUCUGUUCAAGUGGAUCUGUUCACUCAUCCUGGAAAUGGGGAGCACAAAGUAACAGUAAAAAUUGUAGCACUCAAUGGCUUACUCUGGCAAACGACUGCUAUGUUCCGGCCUUUUGUUGAAGUCUAUGCAUUGGGUCCCAGUCUCAGUGAUAAGAAAAGGAAGUAUGGGACAAAGACAAAGAGCAACACAUGGUCUCCGAAAUACAAUGAGAAUUUUCAAUUCAUUCUGAGUAAUGAAGAGAGCCCCCGGGCGUAUGAACUUCACCUCUGUGUGAAAGAUUACUGCUUUGCCAGAGAGGAUCGCAAUAUAGGAAUGACUGUGAUCCAGCUGAAGAAUAUAGUGGAUAAAGGAAACUGUGCCUCUUGGUAUCCUCUGAUGAAAAACAUCUGUAUGGAUGAAACCGGACUGACAAUUCUUAGAAUAUUGUCUCAGAGAUCAAACGAUGAAGUUGCGAAGGAGUUUGUAAAGUUGAAAUCCGACAUCCGAUCUCCAGAAGAAGUCUAGGACACUACUACUGGUGCAUGAGGGAACACCUCCAUGGACUCAAAUUAACAUUGAUACAGUGUUGUUGUCUGAGUAGUGUAUGCAUGUGAAAAACAAAUAAGUGGGAAUGUUUAUUUCAAUAUGUUUGUGUUUGCUAGUACAUAUGUACUAUAUUUGCAAGGUAUGUUGAAGAAGAUGUGUAUCUUUUUUUAUACUACUGACAUUGGGCAAGGACUUGCUCUCAUGAAGUGCCAAAAUAAACACUUAGAGCUGAAAUAAUCAUAUGGUUUAUUUUUUAAAUGUUGAUUUCAUAUCAGUUUACACAUGGGCAAGUUGCAUUCCUUCGAAUCAUGUCUUGUCACUGAGCAAACCUUUGUUUCUAGGGAUGUUCCCCAGGGCAACAAUUCCUAUUCCUGUUGUUUAAAAAACCUGGCUUCACAUUUGUGGGCAUGAGUCAAUGCAAACUAAGUACUCAGUCUGGAGGUCUAUGUAGACAUACCCAUCUAUCAAAUGCUAUUCCUACAAGCUAACAAUCAUCUGCAUUUCCCAUUUUCUUUCAGUGAUGUUCCAUACCUUUCCAUUUAAAAGGUCUCCAUUAAAUAUUGUUGUUUGUGCAUAUUUAAAUACUCAAAUGAUAAAGUAUAACAUUGUUUGUAAUUUUAUAUAUCCCUUCUAAACAAAAUGUGUAUUUUUACUUUCGUUUGCAUUAAAAUGGGGAAAAAAGGUUGGGGCUGUCUCUUUCUGGCAUCACUGUGAACACAAACAAAGAGAAGCUUGGAGAAAGAUUUACUUACAAGAAGUAGUUUGUCUCUCCCCAAAGUGGUAGCCCCUUCUGUGUUCACCAGCUAUUUGCUAAGCCCUUCUGUAUAGCACCAUGGGUAAGAAAUGUAUGCUGCAAAAAUCUGCUGGAAAAUCUCUCAGUUUUUAUCUGAGUAUUUUCUUGAACUUUUAUUAUUAUAUAUACAAUAUAUUAACUUCAAUCUGACUCCCAUUUCUUUCAGCUCUGCUUCUUGUCACUGACAAUGAUAAGGGGUCUUUUCCAUAAAUCUGCAGUAUUUUUGUACCAUGCAAAAUGUCUAUAAAUCUAUAUAUAAAUCUGCCACAGUGUAUGUGCUUAAAUCAUUUUAUCGAAUACCAAGGAUUCAAAAUCAUUGAAUGGAAUGCGACUGAUUUGUUGUGCAUUUAUGAAAAUCUCAAUCAAGCAAUGAUUUUUCAUUCAGAUGGGAAUCUGUGUUGCAUUGUAUACUUAGCUGUAUGAUCAGUUAAGUGUUGUAUCUUUUUCAAGAAAAUACAAAUUACAGUUUGUACUUAUGCAACAUAAAAAUGUAUUGCACUGAGGCAAAAGUCUUGUCUUGUAAAUACAUUUAGUCAGACAUUGUAAAAUAAAGUACGAAGAAACA